AUGGUUGCAGGACCUUUGCUUGACCCUUGCAGAUCCGAAGCACUGCGUUCAGGUCUGUUGCGGGAGCUGAAGGUCUUGAGGGGAAGAGAGUGGACCAGCACUGGCACGGAGCUUGGUUGUCAAAGUGCCCGCGCAAUGCAGGAUGCUGAAGCUCGGCAGCUGGCAGCUACGGAACCUAUGCUUUGUUUUGCCUGUACGCAUGGAUGGAGAACGAUUCCGACCCCUGCUGUGAAAAAAAGCAAAGUUCCGAUUUGCGCAAAGCAGGAGAAACAAGCGCAGCAGGGCAUGAGGAAACUUCAGAUUUUCUUAGUUGUCUCUUUCGCCGCACCUUGGAACUAA